CGGUUUUGCAGCAACAGCUGAUCACAUUAUCAACAUUUCAAUUUCUUCGUUUAUAUUUUUGGUUUUUAUUCCUUUGCGCAUAUUUUUUUAUUCACAAGUUGACCACAACAAAUGGAGUAAGUGAGUGCAGUGCAGUGCAUCAACAAAAGUUAGCGUGUUAGUGAUAUAUAUGACAUAAUUUGUUACGUUCAACAUGACCCUGCCCCGCAUCACCGACUACGACCUGCUGGAGAAACUUGGUGUUGGCAGCUAUUCAACGGUCUAUAAAGCACGUCACAAGAAGGAGCGCAGCUAUCAUGCCAUUAAGAUUGUAGAAAUGUCAACGCUAUCGGAUAGUUCACGCGAAAACCUUAUAACCGAGAUAAGAUUACUACGUUCACUCAACCACAAAUACAUUGUAACAUUACAAGAUUUCUUUUGGGAUGAUAAGAAAAUUUACAUUGUGCUGGAGUUUUGUAAUGCUGGUAAUUUGUCAGCCUUCAUACGUUCGAAAAAAUCAUUACCAGAGGCCACUUGCCGCUUUUUUCUGCGUCAACUCGCAGCCGCUGUGCAGUAUAUGCGCGCAAAUGAUAUCUGUCAUUUCGAUUUAAAACCACAAAAUUUAUUGUUAACGCGUAAUCCGAAUGUGAUAUUAAAAGUAGCCGAUUUUGGUUUUGCGCAACAUUUGAAGUUGGGCGAAAUCAAUCAGCAACUCAAAGGCUCACCACUCUAUAUGGCGCCAGAGAUAGUGCGCAAACACCAAUAUGACGCCAAAGCCGAUUUAUGGAGUAUUGGUGUGAUUUUAUACGAAUGCCUUUUUGGCAAAGCGCCAUACACUUCGAAGAGCAUUGAAGAGCUAUUACAGCGCAUACGCAAUGCAGAAAAGAUAACCAUACCGGCGAAUGCGAGCAUAAGCAAUGAGUGUCACGAUCUACUUUGCCGUUUACUGGAACACGAUCCUGCCAAACGUAUUUCAUUCGAUGCGUUUUUUGCACAUCCCUUCAUCGAUCUCAAAACAUUGCCAACAGAGCAUACAUUACAAAAAGCUUCCGAUCUCGUCACCAAAGCCGUCGAAUAUGAUGAAAAACAAAAUUACAAAGAGGCUUAUUAUUUAUACUGCAGCGCGUUGCAAUAUUUUGUGCCGCUUAUUACUGAGGAAGCAGAUGCCAGCAAACGAUUGGCGUUACGCAAUCGUGCACUUACCUACCUCAAACGCGCUGAAGAAAUCAAAAAUGUUCUAAUCGAUGCUGAAUAUAAAGCCGCAGCGGCUAAAGAUCUACUAGUGAAACAAGUGCAUUCCCAGCAACAGGCGCAGCUGCCAAGCAGUUCCACUGCGCAAACGCCACAGUCUAAUAUAGCAGCGGUGCUGGAACCAGAUACGCGUUACAAGCAGUUAUUUGCGCUCUCACACUCGAGUCCGCAAUUGAAGAGUGCACUGGAGAUUGGCCGCCAAGGUGAGCUCUAUUUGUAUGAGCGCAAAUUCAAGGCAGCACUCGAGGCGUACACCUCCGCCUUGGGCAUGUUAGUGCCGUUCACAAAUAAUGAACCGAAGGGCGAGCGCCGUAAUUUGCUGCUGCAACAGUUGGAGAUUUGGAUGAAGGAGGCGGAGAGCAUUAAGAGCAUACUGUCUGCUAAGGAAAUGGUUGAUGAGCAGAAAUUAACAUCGGUGCGCCACUGUUCAAUACAGUAGUACUUAGUAUAUAAAAUAACGGGUGUAGUUUUUUUCGAUAAAUACAUAAAUCGUGUUACACAAGCCAGCGCAAGCUAAACCAAGUGAAUUGCUGUUGAUUAAAUCGAAUUUAAUCAGCGCAUAGUGUUCACGCUUUUUCGUAGCUUUAUACAAAUUUUGUAUAUGUAUGUAUGUAUAGCACAAUACAUAUGUAUGUAUUUAUAACAUAAUAGAAAAUACAUAUGUUUAUAUAGGUAUGUACUGUUAGCGGUAGUAGCAAAUAAAAUAAAAGUAGUUGUUUGAAAAAAAAACUUUUUUAACAAUGCCAAGCAAUGGUCGUAUAGACAAACAUACAUUGAAUCGAAUUAGAAAAUUUCAUAUAUUAUAAUAUUUACUAAAAUUUUUUUUUUAUUUAUUUCAAUACAUAGACUGCAUGCAUGAAGUAGCAACAUUUUCUAUGUCAAUGUUUAUUUUUUCCUCAUUUUUUUUGUGCGUAAACUUUGUGAUGUUUAACGUUUUAUUGUUUUUUAUAUUAUUUUUAAAUUAUAAACUAUCGCAUAAUUAAUUACACUUAAUUUGUUUAUUCAUUAGAGCUGCAGUUACAGCAACACAUUCCAUUCGUAUCACCAACACGCUCAGCGAUUUUCAUACACGCGUAUACGCAUAUAUUUAAUUUAUAGCAUCUGCUUAAUAUUGCUUUUUGUAUUUUAUGCACACAUUUUAGAAUUUAAGUAUAUAUUUAUGCUUUUAUUGAAGUAAUAUUAAUAAUAAUUUUUCAAUUCUGAAAUAUAUAUAAACACAAAUACAGUUUUAUCAAUCCAUACAAAAGA